GGCACCUUCUCUCUGAUCAUUGAGGCCCUGCACACGGACUCCCCUGAAGACCUUGCCACAGAAAACCCGGAGAGGCUCAUCAGCCGUCUGGCCACGCAGAGGCACCUGUCUGUGGGCGAGGAGUGGUCCCAGGACCUGCACAGCAGCGGCCGCACUGACCUCAAGUACUCCUACCGCUUCGUGUGUGAUGAGCACUACUAUGGGGAGGGCUGCUCCGUGUUCUGCCGGCCCCGCGAUGACGCCUUCGGCCACUUCACCUGCGGGGAGCGAGGCGAGAAGGUCUGCGACCCCGGCUGGAAGGGCCAGUACUGCACAGAACCCCUUUGCUUGCCUGGGUGUGAUGAGCAGCAUGGAUUCUGUGACAAGCCAGGGGAGUGCAAGUGCAGAGUGGGCUGGCAGGGCCGCUACUGUGACGAGUGCAUCCGAUACCCAGGCUGUCUCCACGGCACCUGCCAGCAGCCUUGGCAGUGCAACUGCCAGGAAGGCUGGGGGGGCUUGUUCUGCAACCAGGACCUGAACUACUGCACACAUCACAAGCCCUGCAGGAACGGAGCCACCUGUACCAACACGGGCCAGGGCAGCUACACCUGCUCCUGCCGCCCUGGCUACACGGGGGCCACCUGUGAGCUGGAGGUUGAUGAGUGCGACACCAGCCCCUGCAAGAACGGAGGGAGCUGCAUGGACCUUGAGAACAGCUUUUCCUGCGCCUGCCCACCUGGCUUCUAUGGCCAAGUUUGUGAGUGGAGCGCCAUGACCUGUGCCGAUGGACCUUGCUUCAACGGGGGACGGUGCGCAGACAACCCCGAAGGAGGGUACACCUGCCACUGCGUGGCCGGCCACUCUGGCUUCAACUGUGAGAAGAAGGUGGAUCACUGCAGUUCUUCCCCAUGUUCCAAUGGCGCCACGUGUGUGGACCUCGGUGAUGCCUAUCUGUGCCGCUGCCAGGCCGGCUUCUCUGGGAGGCGCUGCGAAGACAACGUGGACGACUGUGCCUCCUCGCCCUGCGCCAACGGGGCCACCUGCCGGGAUGGUGUGAACGACUACUCCUGCACCUGCCCUCCUGGCUACGCGGGCAGGAACUGCAGUGCCCCUGUCAGCAGGUGUGAGCACGCACCCUGCCACAACGGGGCCACCUGCCACGAGAGGGGCCGCCGCUACGUGUGCGAGUGUGCCUGGGGCUAUGGAGGCCCCAACUGCCAGUUCCUGCUGCCCGAGCCGCCCCCAGGCCCUGUGGUGGUAGAUCUCAGUGAGAAGUACGUGGAGGGCCAGGGCGGGCCGUUUCCCUGGGUAGCCGUGUGCGCCGGAGGCGUCCUCGUCCUUGUGCUCCUGCUGGGCUGUGCUGCCAUGGUGGUCUGUGUCCGCCUAAGGCUGCAGAAACGCCGGCCCCCAGCAGACCCCUGCCGGGGAGAGACAGAGACCAUGAACAACCUGGCCAACUGUCAGCGUGAGAAGGAUGUCUCGGUCAGUGUCAUCGGGGCCACGCAGGUUAAGAACACCAACAAGAAGGCGGACUUCCACGGUGACCCCAGAACUGGCAGGGACGGCUUCAGGGCCUGCUACCCUGCUGUGGACUACAACCUUGUGCAGGACCUCAAGGGUGACGAUGCUGCCACUGUCAGGGACACACACAGCUCGAGAGACACCAAGUGCCAGCCCCAGGGCUCUGCAGGGGAUGAGAAGGGCACGCCAACCACACUCAGGGGUGGAGAAGCCUCUGAGAGGAAAAGGCCAGACUCCAUCUGUGCCCCUUCAAAAGACACCAAGUACCAGUCGGUGUAUGUCAUCUCGGAGAAGGACGAGUGCGUCAUAGCGACCGAGGUGUGACUGCAAGUGACGUGGCAGAACCCUGUUUCUCUUAAGAUAAUAAACUUGCAAGGGUGGGUGCCCCAUGAAUGCUGCUGAGGGAGGCCCAGCUGCUGCCGAGAGCAGUCCGACUGCGCUGGUCCCGAGUCAGCAGCGCCGGCCCCGGCCCGCGGGCUCACGCGUGUUCCGUUGCACUAUGGACAGUGGCUUCUCAGAGAGAAUAUAUUUAAGGAAGGGCUUAGUGACCACGUAGGACGCAUGCACUGCCUGAGUGGGUACCCUGGAUUCCUAUGAGCCUGUCUUCUCUCGAAUUAGAAACACAAACACUGCCUUUAUUGUCCUUUUUGAUACUGAAAUGUGUUUUUUCUAGAUGAAAAAAGUGUGUUAUUUUUUGGAUUUGUAAAAAUAUUUUUCAUGAUAUCUGUAAAGCUUGAGUAUUUUGUGAUGUUCAUUUUUAUAAUUUAAAUUUUGGUAAAUAUGUACAAAGGCACUUCGGGUCUAUGUGGCUAUAUUUUUUGUAUAUAAAUGUAUUUAUGGAAUAUUGUGCAAAUGUUAUUUGAGUUUUUUACUGUUUUGUUAAUGAAGAAAUUCCUUUUUAAAGUAUUUUUCCAAAAUAAAUAUUAUGAAUGACA